AUGAGCGAAGAAUCCCCUUCGUACCGCCUUGUACAAAAUCCUGUUCGUGCUCGCUGUUGCGGGUUUGGAGAAAAAGACCGUCGUUUGUUAGAUCCACCACCCAUCCUGCAGUUGUUUGCUACGCAACGAGACAAUUCAUUGCACCCUGUCACGGAUAUUGAUACCGACUGCUCGUUCGUGGUGCAUUGCGACCUUUACGAUGAAGAUGGCAAGGAAAACAGGAGCGUCGUCUAUGUUCCAUCUUCGAUUCCUCCCUCAGAACAACGUGCUCCUCAAGGCCCUACAGGAAGUCUUGUCCUUUCACUCAAAACCCCGCGCCCUAUACGCAACUUGCUCGGCACCAUUACUGCCAAUGCAAUUCGCCUCUUCAACGACAGGAACGAGCCCGGUGUCUACUUUGUCUUUCAUGAUCUAUCCAUUCGUAUUGAUGGCCGCUUCUCCUUUAAGUUCUUAAUGCUAGGGUUAUCAUGCAACAAUUUAGACUUUCCCCCUUUUAGUUCUACUAUCCAGAAUGAAGUCUUUUCCGAUCCUUUCACUGUUUAUACUGCAAAGAAAUUUCCCGGAAUGACAGAGUCCACGCCUUUAUCAAGAGCAUUUGCCAAUCAGGGCAUCAAGAUCAUCACUCGACGUGAAGCUUCAUACACGCGCGCUAGUGAUCAAUACUACAGGAUGCCAUCAACAGGCCAAUCAUCAUCAACAAUUCAAUCACCAUCAACAUCCAACAAUAAUAAUGCUGCUACAACUACAACUACAACUACAACUACGGCUACGACCCACAGCAGUCUAAGCAUCGCCUCCAUCACGUUGCCAUCCAAUAUCGAGCCAUUUCUCCCUUCAAAUAGUGCUGCUACAACCAACAAUCACAACAAUAGCGACAAUGCUGCUUCAUCCUAUACACGCAUUCCAAUCACCCAAUACCUAUCCACCCCUACUACGAAUGACAACAAUGCACCAUUGCCAUAA